AUGCCUGCAACUGCUCACGCUUCCUGGAACAAACUCCAACAACUCUACGAAUCCAACAAGGAUUCGCUCACACUCGAGCAGCUAUUCGCUAAAGACCCACAGAGAUUCGAGAAGCUGUCAACUGAAUUCAAGGGAAAGUAUACAGAUGCUAAUGUAUUCCUUGACUACUCCAAGAACCUCGUAAACGAAGACAUACUCAACGCACUUUUCAGUCUCGUUAAGGAGGCAAAUGUUGAGAAGCUGCGCGAUGAAAUGUACUCUGGCGAGCACAUUAACACCUCAGAAGGCAGAGCUGUCCUCCACACCGCUUUACGUAACGUUUCUGGUGAACUCAACCAACAAGAAGAAGGUGUGGCUGAUGUGCCAAAGGUUUUGCAACACAUGAAGGAAUUCUCAAACGCCAUCAGAGACGAAUCUUGGAAGGGUUACACUGGAAAACCAAUCAAGAAUGUCGUCAAUAUUGGUAUUGGUGGUUCUGAUCUUGGUCCUGUUAUGGUUACAGAGGCUUUGAAGCACUACGUCAAGCGUGAUAUUGCUUUCCACUUUGUGUCCAACAUUGACGGCACCCACAUUGCUGAAGUCUUGAAAGCGUGUGACCCUGAAAACACCCUCUUCAUCGUCGCUUCUAAGACUUUCACUACGCAAGAAACCAUCACUAACGCUACCACUUCACGCGAUUGGUUCUUGGAGUCCGCAAAGGAUAAGAAGCACGUUGCUAAGCAUUUCGUUGCUCUCUCCACUAACACCAAAGCCGUCACUGAGUUUGGUAUAGAUGAGAAGAACAUGUUCCAAUUCUGGGACUGGGUUGGUGGUCGUUACUCGCUUUGGUCAGCUAUCGGUCUUUCUAUUGCUAUCGCAAUUGGUUAUGAAAAUUUCCACCAGCUUCUCGGUGGUGCACACGAUAUCGAUUUACAUUUCAAGAACACUCCAAUCGAGCAAAAUCUGCCAGUACUUAUGGCUGUGUUGGGUAUCUGGUACAACGACUUUUACGGUGCACAAACACACGCUAUAUUACCAUACGACCAAUAUAUGCACAAAUUCGCUGACUAUUUCCAACAAGGUGACAUGGAAUCAAACGGUAAAUAUAUCACCAAGGGUGGUCAGCACGUUGACUACCAAACUGGUCCAAUAAUCUGGGGUCAAGCGGGUACUAAUGGUCAACACGCAUUCUACCAACUGAUCCACCAAGGUACGAAGCUUAUCCCAUGUGAUUUCAUCUUCCCAGUUGAGACUCACAACCCAAUUGGCGACCAUCACCGUAUUCUCCUCUCCAACGCACUCGCUCAACCUGAAGCGUUGGCGUUUGGUAAGGAUGAAGAGCAAGUAAAGAAGGAGUUGGGUGCACAAGCAUCCAAUGAAACACUCGUCAAAUCAAAGGUAUUCCCUGGUAACAAGCCAACUAACACUAUAGUGUGUCAGAAAAUAACACCAGCCACACUUGGUGCACUGAUUGCACUCUACGAACACAAGAUAUUCGUACAGGGUGCAAUCUGGGAUAUCAAUUCAUUUGACCAAAUGGGCGUUGAGCUCGGUAAGGUUCUUGCAAAGUCUAUCCUCCCAAAGCUGCAUGGCGAGGGUGACACAAAAGAUCUUAGCUCUUCAACUGCAGGUCUUGUCAACUAUUUCCUCUCUCACGCCAAGUGA